AAACCUAUGAUCCUCUGAUCAGUGUCCGACCGCUAUACCUCUGCACCACAGCUGCCCCAUUCGGCCUUUUGUGUCCAAAAAUGUUUUGAACUCAAAUAAAUCCACCUGUAAUGUAAAUGUUUGUGUGCACGUUAUCUACAUCUAUCAAUUUAUCUUCUAAAACCCCAUAAUCCCUUUUGGGAUUACAGGGCUGCUGAAGCCUACACAGUUUCAGUUGGGAAAAGCGGGGUACACCCUGGAUGGAUCAUCAAUCCAUCUAAAGGCUAUCUACACUCAUCUGACUUUUAAUUGCAAUAGGAGGCUCUUCCUUAUGGUAAAGUGGUGUAAAAAUAAAGGCACCAAAAACGCGUCAAAACAAAAUGGUCCUCCCCUCAUGUGGCAGCACGUUUAAUCUGCUUUUUCAAAUGUUUGUUUCUCACAAUGGGUUCCAUUCUUGAGCAAGAGGUUUUCAUCAUGUAAAAAGAUUAGUCUCUUAAGCCACGGGCAGUGAGAGGCUGGCAGGUUCACCCCAUGUUGCAGCACUAAAUAACAAACUAAUCUCAACACACUCUCACAGUUGUACCCAAAGGAGUACAAAGUUGUGACAUUUACUUUAAAAAAGGGUAUGAAAAUGUAUAUUGAUAUACAAUGUUUACUAUUUGAAUAAACAAACACACAGAGAUGAACACAGCAGUCCUCAGACCUCGUAUUACUAGUUUGUUCUUUUUGUCAGAAAAUCUAAGGAAAAUAUAGUAACAAUUUCCAAAAUCAAAAAAUGUUACUGUGGCGACAUUCUCUAGAUCCAAUGACUUUCCUCCUUUUAAACCCCAAGUUUAUAUUUUGUUUUGUUAUUUUUCUGGUGUUCCUCUCACUCUUUCUUAUGAAUUUUAAGCCCCCCUGCCCUUUCCCUCCCCUCUUUGCGGUUGAUAAUCUGCUGAGUCUAAGAACUUGCUUGAUCUGGUUUUUGUGGUGGUAUUUGGGCAAAAUUUCCCCAACAGGUUGCAGCUCCUGCAGAUCGCUGAACAAGGACCAGAAUAAACUAUUGGAAUUCAUCACGCUGCAGCAAUGAAUCACAGCAAAGUGGAGCCUGAGCCUUUUGAAUACUCGUACUAUGACUACAACAGCUGGUACACCAACGCAGAGCCAACUUUACCACCUAAAGAGGUGAUUUUACCAUGCAGCCCCACGGCAGAUGACAAGCUCUUCCAUAUAUGCAUAUUGUCCAUAUCUCUUGUGAUUCUGUUGAUUUUAGCAGCUCUAACCAGGAAAAACAAGUUCUGUCAAGGAUUUGCAAGAGCAUCCUCCAGCAUCUUCAGCCCAGCCAACUUUCUUGACCAGACUCAGGAAAAGGGUCCAGUUGUGGCUGUUUUUGGACUGAUCUUCACCAAAAUUGCAACGGUGGUGGUUGCUCCAGACCCUCUUCCUUUCUAUCAAGACACACCAGCAAACAUUAAAGAAUACAUGAAGAUAGUCGCUAUUUUCUACUACCCGGUCCUGUAUUAUCCCCUGCUGGUCUGGAUUCACCAGAACAGUACCGAUAAGAAGACCAGCAGUCGGAGGAUUUGUAUCCGGUGGCAGCUGCUGUACACCCUAGUGAACAAUCCCUCCCUCCUGGGAUCCAGAAAACACUUCCAGACGCUGCAGAUGUCAGAGAACGUCUUGAAUGGAACUCCAAACCGCAGCUCCAGGAGAGAGAGCAAGAGGGAGGCAGAACCGGCAUCCGAGGAUGUAGUGGAGUCCAUGAAAACCCAGUGA